AUGACUGAUUCCAAGUAUUUUACCACCACUAAGAAGGGUGAAAUUUUCGAAUUGAAGUCAGAACUGAACAGCGACAAAAAAGAAAAGAAGAAAGAAGCUGUAAAAAAGGUUAUAGCAUCAAUGACAGUAGGAAAAGAUGUGUCAGCUCUUUUCCCAGAUGUCGUUAACUGCAUGCAAACUGAUAAUUUGGAGCUCAAAAAACUGGUUUACCUAUACCUGAUGAAUUAUGCCAAAUCACAACCCGAUAUGGCCAUUAUGGCUGUCAAUACAUUUGUUAAGGAUUGUGAAGAUUCAAACCCAUUGAUCCGGGCGUUGGCUGUGAGGACGAUGGGUUGCAUCAGAGUGGAUAAAAUCACAGAGUAUUUAUGUGAACCUCUGCGCAAGUGUUUGAAGGAUGAGGAUCCAUAUGUGAGAAAAACUGCAGCAGUUUGCGUUGCUAAAUUGUACGAUAUAUCAUCUAGCAUGGUUGAGGAUCAAGGUUUCCUUGAUCAAUUAAAGGAUUUAUUGAGUGACUCCAACCCAAUGGUUGUUGCGAACGCUGUUGCUGCGCUGUCAGAGAUCAAUGAAGCUAGUGUCUCAGGGCAACCACUUGUGGAGAUGAACGCGCCGACGAUCAACAAGCUGCUGACGGCGCUGAACGAGUGCACGGAGUGGGGGCAGGUGUUCAUCCUGGACGCGCUGUCAAACUAUUCGCCGCGGGACGCUCGCGAGGCGCACUCCAUCUGCGAGCGGAUCACGCCUCGUCUCGCUCACGCCAACGCAGCCGUCGUGCUUUCCACAGUCAAGGUGCUGAUGAAGUUGAUGGAAAUGUUGUCGGAAGACACGGAACUGGUGAGCACUCUGUCACGCAAGUUGGCACCACCGCUAGUGACUCUACUGAGUGCGGAACCAGAGGUCCAGUACGUUGCACUGAGGAAUAUCAACCUGGUUGUGCAGAAACGUCCUGAUAUUCUCAAGCAUGAGAUGAAGGUGUUCUUUGUAAAAUACAACGACCCGAUUUAUGUAAAACUGGAGAAACUGGACAUCAUGAUCCGUUUGGCGUCACAAGCGAAUAUCGCUCAGGUAUUGGGCGAGCUCAAAGAGUACGCCACAGAAGUGGACGUGGACUUCGUCAGGAAGGCUGUGCGAGCCAUAGGAAGGUGUGCUAUAAAGGUUGAACCAUCAGCGGAGCGCUGCGUGUCAACUCUCUUGGAACUGAUUCAGACGAAAGUAAACUAUGUGGUGCAAGAAGCCAUUGUAGUGAUUAAGGACAUUUUCCGCAAGUAUCCUAACAAAUACGAAAGUAUCAUCAGCACACUUUGUGAGAACCUCGAUACAUUGGAUGAACCAGAAGCUAGGGCGUCAAUGGUAUGGAUAGUUGGAGAAUAUGCAGAGCGUAUUGACAACGCGGAUGAGUUGCUUGACUCCUUCCUCGAAGGCUUCCACGAUGAGAACGCACAGGUUCAACUUCAGCUUCUGACAGCCGUAGUGAAGUUGUUCUUAAAGCGCCCAGCAGACACUCAAGAACUGGUUCAGCAUGUACUAAGUCUCGCCACACAGGAUUCUGACAAUCCUGACCUCAGAGACCGAGGGUUCAUCUACUGGCGGCUGCUAUCAACUGACCCCGCGGCUGCCAAGGAAGUGGUGUUGGCGGACAAGCCCCUCAUCUCCGAGGAAACGGACCUUCUGGAACCCACGCUACUAGACGAGUUGAUCUGCCACAUCGCCUCUCUCGCUUCCGUCUACCACAAGCCUCCCACCGCCUUCGUUGAAGGUCGCGGCGCAGGUGUGCGCAAGUGCCUUCCCUCUCGUGGCGCUGUUACAGAAGACGCCAUGCCGCAACAACCUACCGUUAUACCCAACCAGGAGUCGUUGAUCGGCGACCUGCUGUCGAUGGACAUCUCGGGUCCGCCGCCGGCCGCCGCGCCCGCCUCCAACCUCGACCUGCUGGCCGGCGGACUCGACGUGCUCUUGGGGACUGGUCCAGAGCCAAGUGCUACUGCGACUACUACGGGACUUUUGGGAGAUAUAUUUGGCGUUGCGGCAACACCGGCUUCCUUCGUGCCACCCAAGCAGUGUUGGCUUCCCGCUGACAAGGGCAAAGGUCUGGAGAUCUGGGGCACAUUCAGCCGCCAGAACGGACAGCCGCGUAUGGAAAUGACGUUCACCAACAAAGCUAUGCAGGCUAUGAGUGGAUUCGCCAUACAACUUAACAAAAAUAGUUUCGGCGUGUAUCCGGGCGGAGCUCUGGCCGUGGGCGUGGUGCCGGCGGGCGGGCGCGCGGACGCCGCGCUGCCGCUGGCCGCCGCCGGGCCCGUGCAGCGCAUGGAGCCGCUCAACAACCUGCAGGUGGCAAUCAAAAAUAACGUGGACGUGUUCUACUUUGCCUGCCUGAUCCCCGCACACGUGCUCUUCACAGAGGACGGACAACUUGACAAACGAGUAUUCCUUACGACAUGGAAGGAAAUUCCGGCAGCCAACGAAGUGCAGCACACACUUUCUAAUGUCGUGGGUACGGCUGAUUCAAUCGCACAGAAGAUGACGCUAAAUAAUAUCUUUACAAUCGCCAAGAGGAACGUGGAAGGACAAGACAUGUUAUACCAGUCCCUGAAGCUCAUCAACAACAUUUGGGUUCUUUUAGAACUGAAACUGCAGCCGGGUAAUCCCGAAGCAACAUUAAGCCUUAAGUCGCGUACCGUAGAAGUAGCUACUUGCAUAUUCCAAGCUUACGAAGCAAUAAUAAAAUCGUAA